GUUUCAUUUGAAAUUGGGGAAUGAUGACGAAGAAGAAAACGAUUCAAGUUUCAAGAGACGUCUCGUACAAGAGGAAAAAGGAGUCCCUCUGGUCUCCUGAAGUGAUCACAGACCAUGUAGAAGAACCAACGGCUCACAGUACAACUCCUCCGUUGUCCGACCCGGAAGAAGUGAGACAUAUUCAGCGUGUGAUCUUGGCCUUUAGAAGAUAUCUCAAUGUGUCGCUUGCUAGAAUCGACAGAAGAAGAAGAGACUUUUUAUGCCUCUCUGACGAGUUACAGUCUUGGGUUCCCACAUAUCUACAGAACUUGGAACAAAGUAAGGAAGCCAUUCGAAAGAAUGACAAGUUGCUGCGAUACAUACUUUCCACUGUUGAAAACUUUGAAUCUUUCCAAGCAAGAGAGCAAUAUGGAGGUGACUUGACAGACGGAGACCAAGUUGUUCGAUACACUUUAGAGUGUUAUGAAAGUGAUAUUGAGAAGGUUAGAAGUAUACUGUUGCAUAUCAUGAGAGAUUGGUCAAAAGAGGGAGCCCCUGAACGAGAAGAAUGCUAUCGACCGUUGAUCGACUCCACAAUAAAGGAGUAUGAGAGGUUCUGUAGUGAUAGCUCUAGUAGAAAGGAUCCUGCUACUUUUCGAGUUUUGGUUCCUGGAGCUGGUUUAGGGAGAUUGGCCUGGGAACUUGCGAGGGAAGGUUUUCAAGUGCAAGGCAAUGACUUCACUUAUUAUUCCCUUUUCAGUUCCAAUUAUAUUUUAAACUAUAUUAUGGAAGAUACCCAUGUAGAGGGAAUGGAAUUUUUUCCGUUUAUUCAUCAAACUACGAAUGUCAUAGAUUCUGCAGAUAUUCUUUCUCCUGUGUACAUUCCCGAUGUGGAUACGAGAGAGCUACCUUCCUUCUCCAACUUUAGCAUGGUUGCAGGUGACUUUGUAGAGGUUUAUGGCAGCAAACAACAGGCGGAACAAUGGGACUGUGUCGUGACUUGCUUCUUCAUGGAUACUGCACAUAAUAUCCUUGAUUAUGUCAGUGUAAUUAAGAAUCUAUUGAAACCGGGUGGUUCGUGGAUAAACCUAGGUCCUCUACUGUAUCAUUAUGCGGACACAGAAGAUGAGCCUUCCAUUGAACUAUCAUUGCAGGAAUUGCGUCGUGUCAUAAAUAUGUUAUUUGACAUAGAAUUUGAAGAAAUGCGAAGUUGUUCAUAUACACGCAAUCCACGUUCCAUGUUACAAUUACAGUAUCGUUGUUCGUAUUUUGUGGCCCAUAAGAAACACACCACAAAAUCGUAGAAUUCUGGUAAAAUGGAUUUGGCGCAAAGAAUAAAAAAGUGCACAUUAUU